GUGAGGGAACAGCCCGCUCACUCUGCAGGUCAGCCCGGCUGCAGCAUGAAGAAGCUGGAUCUGGAUGAUCAGUCCUCUCCUCCUCUGGUGUUUAAUGGAAGUCUGUUGGAGUGAAGCCUCCAGCUGUCAGGAGAAGCUGCAGGUCUGUGAUGGCUGCUGUCAGGAUCCUCUGCUCUCUGGUGGGGCUGGUGGUCUCGGCUGGGGGCUCUCCUCUCAGAGAGCAGGACCUUCAGCCGGUGGAGGGGUUUCUGGAGAAGUAUGGCUACCUUCAUGAAGAGGAUCAUAUGCACAGUGCCAAUGAAGUCAAGACAGCCGUCAGGGAAUUUCAGUGGCUGUCCCAUCUGCCAGUCACUGGACAGGUGGACAGUGCCACCCUGGUGAAGAUGGCCUCACCACGCUGCGGAGUAAAGGACAGGGGAACUCAUGAAGCCUGGGCACAAAGGGUCAACUCCGUUUUCACAGGCCAAAGCCAUAAGCAGCACCUCCGCAAGAAGCGUUACACUCGACCAGGAGAGAAGUGGUACAAGCGACACUUGACUUACCGCAUCGUGAACUGGCCCCGGCACCUCUCGCAGGGUCCCGUACGGCUGGCUGUUCAGACAGCCUUCCAGCUUUGGAGCAACGUGUCCGGACUGGUCUUCCAGGAGGUCAGCCAGGGUCCCACAGACAUCAGACUGGCUUUUUAUGAGGGAGAGCACAAUGAUGGAACAAGCAAUGCAUUUGAUGGCCCAGGCGGAGCCCUGGCCCAUGCUUUUUUCCCAUGCCGGGGCGAGGCUCACUUUGACAAGGCGGAGCGCUGGACCCUGAAUGGCCACAAAGGACAUAACCUUUUCCUGGUCACCGCCCACGAGAUCGGCCACACGCUGGGAUUGGAGCACUCACCUGUCCGUCAUGCUCUUAUGUCACCCUACUACAAGAAGCUGGGGCGCAAUCUACUGCUUAGCUGGGACGACAUUACAGCUGUGCAACAGUUAUAUGGUAAGCCAUCUGGAGGUGCAGUGGUCCAGUUGCCAGGCCAGGUUCUAAGCUGGGCCAUGCAGGACUGGGAACUUGCUGAGGAACCUAAAAGCAUGUCUGCUCAGCCACACUAUUGCCAGGGCCUGUUUGAUGCCAUCACAAUGGAUGGGAAUGGAACAGUGCUCAUCUUCAGAGGUGGAUUGUUUUGGACGGUGUCAUCUGAGGGGAACGUAAGCUCUCCACUUCCUCUUCAGCAGCACUGGCCUCAUCUACCAUUCACCAUCGACGCUGCUGCCUUCUCCCCUUUGGAUGGAAAGCUGUACUUUUUCAAAGGUAAGCGAAUGUGGCGGUACUCCGGCCCUGACCUGGACCCAGGCUUCCCCAGGAAAAGCAGCGAGUCUGGCCUCCCUCGCCACCCAGACUGUGCCCUCUACUACAGACCUCUGGGCCGCAUGGUUCUCUUUAAAGGCUCACGUUACUUUGUGCUGAAUCUGAAGACUCUUCGAUCUGAGCCCUAUUACCCCCGCAGCCUGGCAGACUGGAAGGGGCUGCCUAAAGGGGCUAACGGGGCGCUGACCAGGCCAGACGGACAUAUUUAUUUCUUCAGAGAGCAGAAGUACUGGAGGUUCGACCCUGGAAAAGUGAGGGUCACUGGGACCGGACAGUGGGCAGAGACACUGGAGUGGACCGGCUGCCACAGAACUGCUUUAGAACAGACUAAUGACACACUGUGACCUGCAGAGGGAGCCUGUGAGGAGAGACUUGAGGGGUGGGAUUAGAACCAGCACAAUGACAGAAAAUAAAAUUAAAAUUAAAAAGAUAUUAAUCUAAGCUGAUUUAAAAUGUGGUUAAAUAAUUAAUUUAAAUAUUUUUUGGCGAAUUUUGUUUAAAACAAACAAAGAAAAAAACUUUGCAUUAAAAAAACUAAACUAACUUUGUUUUCUUGUGCAGAAAUGGAAAAUGGUUCAGGUUCAGGGCAAAAAAACAUGUCGAGCUUCUCUAAUAAUCUCAAACCACAUGGUUCUGAGGUCUCCAGGCAAUCCUGGGCAGGAAUUUUACUUUCUGGACCUGAAUCUUCUGCCUGUGUUUAACUGUUUAUAAUCUGUGACUGAGAAAAGAGGGCCAUGUGCAAUUCAAUAAAAACAAUGAGUGUG